AAUUUCUUUCUGCAAGUUCUUGCGCGUAGUAUUGCUCCAUGUCAAGCGGCCUUUAAUAGUUCCUUGCAAAUACAGAGGGGCCCUUGAUGUGUUUUUUUUUUGUAAAAACGGUGAUGUCGGCAAUUGUAAAAGUUGAAAUAAAACAAGAGGAAGAAUUAAAUGAAUUCAUUGAGGAGAAGGUUUUUCUCAAUAACGAUGUCUCGGCAACAAUGAAACUGGAUCUUGAGGGACCGCAUUCUAAUGUGCCACUUAAUUGGACCGAAGAAAGAAAGGUACAGCAGGAAAAUGAAUCUGUUGGUGUUAUUUUACACAAGCGUUCUGAAGAUUUCCGAUACCCCAAUCGAUUGCAAAUUUCAAGAGGUUUAAAUUGUAUCCAAUGCGAUUACACAACCAAUAACAAACCCAACUAUAAAAGACAUCUUAUAACACACAAAACAGCUAAGAAAUUAAAAUGUGUCCAUUGUGAUUACGCAACCACUAAUACAUCCAACUUGAAACAGCAUCUCCUGAAGCACAAGAUAACCAAGGAUUUAAAAUGUGGUCAGUGUGAUUUUGCAACCAAUUAUAAAGCCCAACUUAAAAAUCAUCUCAUGACACAUAAGCUUUUCAAGGAUUUAAAAUGUACACAGUGUGAUUAUGCAACCAAGGGCAAACGCAAUUUGAGAACUCAUCUGCUAACACAUGAGUCUUCCAACCAUUUUAAAUGUGUCCAGUGUGAUUUUGUGUCUCCGUAUAAAUCCAGUGUGAAACAACAUCAAUUAACACACAAUCCGAUAAAGUAUUUAAAAUGCGCACAAUGCGAUUACGCAACUAAUUCUAGACGCACCUUUAAACAACAUUUAUUAACACACAGCACCGUGAAGGAUUUAAAAUGCAAUUUGUGUGAUUACGUAACUAAUAUUAAAUACUACUUAAAGAGGCAUCUGUUAACACAUAAGGCUACUAAGGAUUUCGAAUGUGUUCAGUGUGAUUAUGCAACUAACAGUAAAUCUCUCUUUAAAGCUCAUCUCGUGACGCACAAGGUUUUGAAGGAUUUAAAAUGUGCCCACUGUGAUUACGCAACCAAUUAUAAAUGCAAUCUUAGAGAACAUCUCCUGACCCACAAGACCUACAAGGAUUUAAGAUGUGCUCAAUGUGAUUACGCUACUAAUUAUAAAUCCCACCUUAGAGAUCAUCUACUGACACACAAGAUAUUCAAGGAUUUAAAAUGCAAUCAGUGCGAUUACUUAACUAAUAAUAGAUCCUACCUAAGAAGGCAUUUGUUAACACACAAAGCUGCAAAGGAUUUCAAAUGUGCCCAGUGUGAUUACGGAACUAAUAUUAAAACCCUUUAUAGAUCACAUCUUCUGCGACACAAGACUUUCAAGGAUUUAAAAUGUACUCAGUGUGAUUACGCAACCAAUUAUAAAUUUCGCCUUAAAGAUCACCUCCAGACACACAAGACUUUCAACGAUUUAAAAUGUACACAGUGUGAUUAUGCGACAAAAGCUAAACGUAAUUUGAGAACUCAUCUGUUAACACACGAGUUUUCCUACCUUUUUUAAUGUGUCCAGUUUUAAAUCAUACCUGUUGCAGGUUUACAGAAAUUCAAAAUAAAAAACAU